AUGUAUGGAAUCCGGGUAGUUUGGGGGAUUUCCCUCUUGUUUUGCUGUAUUAUGCCAGUAUUUAGUAUACCUGGAUCUCCCAAAAGAGGAUUAAUGAGCAAAAAACAAAUAAUGUUAAUGUUAGAUGAGUCUAUUAGGAAAAUGAUUGAUCAACCUACCAGUGAAGAAUCUGAUAAAAAAUCACUAGCAAAGUACAUUUUUCUUACAAAAUCGCUCUCAGUAUGUAUGAGCAGAGGGAAAAUUUCAAAAUCAGAACUCGUUUCAUGUAUUAAUUCGAGUUUUACUGACCUUGAAAUCGUUCCUCCUCCACAAUUAAUUCACUGCAUUGGAGAUUACCUAAUUUGUACGGGUAAAAUUUUUCUUAAAAGGAUCAGAAAAAACCCCGAAGAUGAUCACUUUUUAUCAGUAUUUUCAUUAAACAUUUCUUUAGAUAUUUUAUACAAUCUGUUAUAA